GCUCCCUUCAGCGGGAUUAGCCAGCUUUGUCUCAGCUCAGAGGCCAUGCUUCUGUCCCAGACAGUCUUCCUUCUCUGCCUCCUGUUAACUCUGGCCUUGGUCCAGACGUCCCAGUUCCAAGAACAUUUCCUUCAGUUUCUGGGCUUAGAUAAGGUGCCUUCUCCCCAGAAAUUUCAACCUGUGCCUUAUUUCUUGAAGAAAAUGUUUCAGGAUCAAGAGGCAGCAGCCACCAUUGGGGUUCCCCAAGACUUAUGCUACGUAAAGGAACUGGGUGUCCGUGGGAAUGUACUCCGACUUUUCCCUGAUCAAGGUUUCUUUCUGUACUCUAAACCUCCCCAAGUCUCCUCCUGCCUGCAGAAGCUCCUCUAUUUUAACCUGUCAGCCAUCGAAGAGAAGGAGCAGUUAACAGUGGCCCGGCUGGGCUUGGACUUGGGGCCCAACACCUACUACAACCUACACCCAGAGCUGGAGUUGGCUUUGUCCCUUGUCGGGGAGCCUCAUGUGUGGGGUCCAUCCAUCCCACCAUCAGGUCGAAUGUUAAUCCUGCAGUCAGUACCAUGGCCUCAAGGCGCUCUUCACUUUAACCUGCUGAGUGUGCUUAAGAAUUGGAAGAACAACUCCCUGAAGAACUUAGGUUUAUUCCUGGAGAUACUGAUCAAGGGAAAUCAAGGUUCAGAGAGGAAUUUUCAGCAUGACGACACCUGUUCUAGACUGAGAACUUCCCUGAAUGCUCACCUGCUGAUGGUAACCCUCAACCCUGAGCAGUGUCACCCUGCUUUCCGAAAAAAGAGAGCAGCCCCCUCUGUCCCUAUGACUUCCUAUAAGAAUCUCUGCCAUCGUCACCAGCUCUUCAUCAACUUCCAGGACCUGGGCUGGGACAAGUGGAUCAUUGCCCCCAAGGGCUUCAUGGCAAAUUACUGUCACGGAAACUGUCCUUUCUCACUGACCACCUCCCUCAACAGUUCCAAUUAUGCUUUCAUGCAAGCACUGAUGCAUGCAGUCGAACCAGAUAUCCCCCAGGCCGUCUGUAUCCCCACCAAGCUGUCCCCCAUUUCCAUGCUCUACCAGGACAAUGACGACAACGUCAUUCUACGUCAUUAUGAAAACAUGGUAGUGGAUGAAUGUGGCUGUGGAUAGCUGUCAAAAAUAGGAACAGGGUGUUUAUAAAGUAAAUCUUUAAAUAAUAAAUCUUUUUAUA